AACAACAAAAGCUGACAGAAUCAAACCAUACAGCCCUCCCUCACAAACACAUGUGCAUAAGUCUACUCGCUGUGUACGAGCUAAUAUACCAUAACAGUAACUGCUCUGGAACAUUAAGAGACAGUUUUUCAAAAUGACUCACACAAUUCGCCUCUUCAUCCUGUCUUUCGUGCUGUCUUCUCUGCCUUGGUCUGGAAGUGCUGUUACCUCAGAAGCUCUUGACCCUUUGCCUGUAGUAGCUUCUGCAGAUGAAGGUCCAGCUAUCAUAAACGAUGCGAGGACUCCCAUAAUCAACAUGUCCAAGAGACCCACUCUUCAGCCCAAAGAGAGUGCUCCAUCUCAGUUCACAUACACCUUGAGGAACCCUCAAGGCAAAUUGUGUGUGCGGGCCAGUCUGGGAGUGGAGUAUAUCGUGAGAGAGAACAAAAAAAAGUAUUAUUUCAACUUAAAUCCCAGUUCAACACGAGCCACAGGAUACUGUGGGAAUAUAAGAUCUGUGCUCUCAUUGGAUUUUGAUGGAGGAAAUCUAGAGUUCACCUUUAUCAAGGAAGGGGGUGUCUCUUAUGUGAAGACUAUCAAAGGUCUUCUGAAACCUGCUCCUCCUUGCAAAAAUUGUCAAAAUAAAACCUAUGUUGGAGUGGUGGAUCAUGAAAAGCUAUUCAAAGCUGAUAAUGGCCUGAGCUUCAAGUGCAAGUCUGACAUGACUCUAAUACUGGCAGACUACUUCAGAGUUAAACUGGUGCCUCUGCAGAUACAAGCCUUUGACCUAUCUAAUGGAGCAUUUGGAAAAGAGGUUGAAUGCUGGGCGGAUUUCAACAAACGGAUGAUCCCCAUUAUUCUGGGAGCUGUAGCUGCAGCAAUUUGCCUCAUCGCAAUUCUCACCUUCUUACUCAUCCGUGAACGCCGUGGGCAGGGCUACGAACAACUCUGAGAUGAUGUGUAUUACACAGAGGAAUAAAGUGAUUAAAUAAUGCUAUUAUUGUCUGAUUAUUGGUUUAGAUACACUUUUAAAUAAGGAUCUCAGUAAAUAAUUAAAAUGUGGUUAACAUGAAUCACUGUUGUCGGUGUGUCUCAUUGUAAUGCAUAUGACACUUUUUAUGGGUUGUCUAAUCUGAUGUCUGAAGAUUUUGGAACAUGACAUGAAAUAAGUAUGUUAAAGAGCCGAGAAAAGUUGUAGGCUAAUACAUUCUUAAACACUCAAUUCCAGCCACCUGUGAGAGACAUUUCAAUUAGCAUAAAACUAGUAACUAUCAAUAGAUUGUAAAAUGGAAUUAAAUAUAGAUUUGUGUACAUAAAAAAGAUUAAAACAAACAUUCUCUAUAUGCCUCAUCACAUAAUAGGAAUAUUUUUUUGUGGCAGAUUUAUCAAGUAUAUUGACCAGGAUUAUUGUUCAGUUAUGAGGUUCUGAAACUGAUAUUUGUAUCAAACCUCAUGUAAUGGACAAGAUUUGUCAAACUAACUAACUCAGUUUUGCAGUUCACUGUAAAUAUCAUCCACCUUACUUUUAAUCUGCA